AUGGCUAAGGAUUUGCUGAAUAGAAUGUUGGGAAUCAUUCCUAAAAUUAUUUCUGAAGAACAGGCAGCUUUUGUGAAGGUGAGAUCGAUCUCAGACAAUCUUCUAUUGGCUCAGGAGGUAUUUAACAAAUUAAGGCAUUCUAAAGCAAAUAAUGGGUUUUUAGCCAUCAAAGUGGAUAUGGAGCAAGCAUACGAUAGUAUGUGUUCGGAAACUCUGAAGAAGAUGAUGGUAGAUUUGGGAUUGCCAUUCAAAUUUGUUAACAUGGUAUUGGAAUAUGAUGUCUUGAUUUUUGUGGAAGCUAAAGUGGGAAGUAUGAAGAAGGUUAAAGACAUUGUGGAGGGACAUUGUAAGUGGACCGGACAGAAAAUCAAUUGUCAUAAAUCUUCCUUAAUUUGUGGUAAUUCGGUGGAAAGGAGGAGGAAAGUGCAUAUUUCCAUAUUUAUGGGAGUGAAACUAGUGGAAGAAUUUGAGUACUUGGGAAUUAAGAUGGCCUUGAGGAGAUUAAAAAAGUUGGAUUUUCAAAUCUUAUUGGAUAAAUCUAGUAUAAAGCUGAAUGCUUGGGGGAAUAGGUAUAUCUCCCUUACAGGUAGACUGGUUAUGGUAAAAAUUGUUUAUCUUUCUCUACCUUUCUUUAUCAUGUCACACUCUCUCAUUCCUAUGAAGACUUUGAUGGAGUUUGAGAGGCUUUGUAGAUAUUUUAUAUGGAACAAAUGUGAUGGCAAACAUGGGAAUCAUUAUGUGGCAUGGGAGCAGCUACGUAAACCAAAGCAAUAUGCAGGAUGGGGUGUUCAGUCUGCAGUGAACAGGAGAGAUACACUGAGAGCAAAUUUUGCAUGGAAACUUUUGGAGAAUCCGGAUUCAUUUCUGAACAGGAAUCUUCUGGCUAAAUAUGGAGUCAAUUUGUGGGAUAGUGCUAUGUCCAGAGGUGAUUUUUCCUCUUGGAAGAUAAUUUCUAGUGGGUGGAAUGCUCUCAAAAAUUUUGUAAGGUGGAAGAUUGGGAAUGGAUCCAAGAUCAAUGUGUUGAAGGAUAUCUGGAUUUUGGAUAAGAAUUUACUCAAAUGGCCAACAUUUGUAGGAUCUUUUGAUGAUGAUAACAUUACUCUUGACUUCUUCAUUCAUGAGGGAAAUUGGGACUGUGCAAAACUGAGUUUGUACUUUGGUGCAUAA